AGGGGCUUGAGUAGGUUACCAGUCAGCCUCAGCGCUCAGAUCUCUACCACGGAGCUGCUGGCUGCCCCCCCCCAUAGCCCCCUUGGGGGACUUUUUGCCCUUCUCGGCUAUCACCUAAUUGGAGGGGGGGGAUCUGAGAGGAGGGCGGGGGGCAGCUGGCCCUCGAGCUCAGCCCCAUCCGCGAGCUCAGAAAAUCUAGGUGUUGGGGGCGGCCCGGGCAGGGAUUGAGGCAGUCGAGAAGCGGGUAGCUUCUCGCGCCUCCCCACGCCCAGGCCUCCUCCCCCCACCUUUCACACGCUUGGGACUGGAGCCCCGAGCCUGCGCAGUGCGAGCUCAGCGAGCGCCAGUUGCGGCUCCCGGGACUGAAGAUGGCGGACGCCGGCGGUAUCGCCAACACUGGGACAUCCCUCAAGGGGAUGAGAGAACAGUUAGUUGAAAUAAAAAAUAUUAAAAAACCACAGCCGACUAAAGCAACAGUAAAACUACCGAGGGAAGCAGCUGCUGCAGCCCAAGCAAUUGCAGAAGAAAGAAGAAACCAAAGUGGCACUACUAUCAUUUUAACUCCCUCCUCAAAUUUAAAGACAACUAAACCAGUGAUAGAUGGCUCUAUUCUGAAAUCCGAUGAAAGACAAAGACUGGCAAGAGAGCGCAGAGAAGAGCUGGGAAAACAACAAGCUUUUAGAGAAAUACAAUUACUUGAGAAAGAAAAGAAGGCAAAACGCCAAUAUGAAAAACAGAUUGAAGAAAGACAGAGAAAGAUAAAAGAACAGAAAGAGAAAGAACAGCAACGGCGAGCAGCUGUCGAAGAGAAAAGGAGACAAAAAUUAGACGAAGAAAAGGAACAUUUUGAGGCAAUGGUUAACCGUACUUUGGAACGUAGCAACCGCCUGGAACAGCGACAGAAGAGAUGGUCAUGGGGAGGCUCUGUAACACCAGAUUCAGACAGCAAAUCUGGUCUGUCAAGUGCUACCCUACCCAAUCCUGUAGAUUUAGUUGACAAACUACCUUCUUCCACAGAGCCACAGACUGAAGAAGGUGGAUCCAGUGGCAACAAACAUACUUCAUCUACAUUGAAUCUCAGGCAGACAGAUUCCGUUAUCAAUAAACGUUUGUCUACAUCUUCAGCAACUCUUCCAAAUUCUGACAAGACUCGGCGCUUUCAGAUCAGUGCUCUGGAGAAUAGUAUAAUCACUCGCCUUCUCACCCCUACACUCGCCUCUUUAGCUAGAUGCAAAAAUGCUGCUGUAUUAUCUGCUGCUGGAAGAGAUCCCUCAGAAUUUCACUCCUGUCCUCGUUCAGCUGUCACCGGGACUUUCAGUCAACCGCUGCAGGCCUCCAGAAUAUCCGUGAGAAGCCGCAGCAUUGACAGACUGAAGAGUUCCACUGUUCAGAAGUCAGAAGUGGACAAACAUGGACCAACUCAUGCUGCAAAGAGAUCGCCAUCACCAUCUCUAUCAACUUGUAAGAGACCACCUUCCCCUGCUAAUGUUAAGCAUCCUCUAUCUCCCUCUGCACCAAACAAAGUCAGUCAGAGAAGUCGCCCACCUUCCCCUAGUACAUUAAAACAGUUGCCAUCAUCUCCCACUACUGGUGCAAAACCAGUUUUUAAGCCUAUUCAGCGUCCUUUGAUUACACCCAAUGUCAGCAGUAUACCCAAAAAGAGCAGAACACCCGAAAUAGAUAGCAAAUCAAAGGACAGAAGUGAAGCCAGAAAACAAGAACCCCAAACAUCACCAGCUUCAGAGAAAGCUGUAAAGACCAAAGAAGUAGAGCCCAGUAGUAAAACUGGACUAGAGACCAUAAGUGCUGAAGAAACUGAUAAAACUUUGAUUGAAAAACAACAAUCUGUUCCGGACCAGAAGGAUCAAGAAGAAGGGGGAAAAGAUCUCAAAGAAGAAGAGGAAAGGAAAGUAAAAGAGGAAACUGAAAAGAAAGCAAUUGAGGCAGAAGAAGAAAGGGAUGCUGGGCACACUCAACUUGGGGAAACAAGCCCACCAGAAGAACAGCAACAGAAGACAGAAGAGGACCAGGAGAGGCUGGCUGCAGAACUCCAGCAGCAGAAGGAGGAAGCUGAAGUGAAGGCCCAGGAGGAAGCUGCAAGGCAGAGGCGGGAGCGUGAACGGAUAAUGGAGCAGAGUGUGCAAGAACGCCUGGAGAGAAAGAAGAGAAUUGAAGAAAUUAUGAAGAGGACCAGAAAGGUUGAACAGAAUUCAGAGCAGAGUGAAGAGAAGUCUAAGAAUGAGGCUAUUGACGAGGAUGAUGCUGUUGAAGCAGACAAAGAAAAUUUGGAAACAGUGGACCCCCUGGUCAAAAUCACUGAAAGUGACUCACCUGAAGAAGUCAAACCCUCAGGAGAACUUAGUGCUACGACGCCUCCUCAGGUACCUUGUGAGAUACAAACCGAAACUACAACCAGCAACGAGACUGACGCACUCAUCACCAAUGGCAAUGAGAUGGCCCCAGAGCCAGAAAAUAGCAAACCUGAUUUGGAUAUGACUCUGGCAACAGACACUAGCCUUUCUGCCAAAGACACGGUUACUCCAAACUCAGAAAUUGUGGAUGCUGUUGAAACCGAGCACACAUCAGACCUGAAUGGAAAAUCCGAUACGUGGACUUUUGAGGAGGUUAUUGAUCUUGAAGAACAUGCCAAAUCUAGCCAACCGAAUUCCAGCAACACUCCCGAUAGCUGUACUCAAAACUCAAAUGAUGCUGCUACAUUUACUCCAAGUCCCAAGUUAGCUUUUGAGGAGGAUUCAGCAACGAAUCCUUUGACCACAUCUGCAGGAAGCAAUUAAGAUCUAGAAACACUCCAUUCCUGGAAGUCUCUGGAUCCCAUCUCAAGGUCUUUCUUCAAGAAGUUCCUUCUUGCUUUCACUCAAGUUCAACCCUGUUAAGAUCAAGUUCUCCAUGUGCACCUUGAGUACUUUCAGGGAGUUACUCAGCUCUCCUGUGUUUGUUUCCUCCCUCUUGGGUUUAGUGAACAUUCAGUGUGGCAAGAUUUCCUGGCAAAGUAUUAUUUCUGGUUCCUUUAAAAAUUUCCUUUAAACCAUCUCUUGCUUGUUUUAUUUUCCCUUUGGCGUAUGCAAAGUGGUGAGGAAGCAUCCAAACUGACUGGUCAAUAUUUUUCUAAAAUGGUAUGCUUGAGAAGGAAAGGAUGCUUCCAGCUCUUAUUUUUAAACCCCUCAGUAACCAUCACCCCUUUACUGUUAGACUGUCAAUGAAUCGAUAUUGGGCAAGUGUUGAUGAGAUCUCUCAGGUAAUGAUCCCACCCUGCUCUCAGGAGCAUUUUCAUAUUGUGGGGAAUACGGACAUUUGGGUGCUUUCACAGUCCUUCAUAUUGUAUUUGGCCUCUCUCUCCCUCCCUCCAUCCCUCCCUCUUUCUCUCUCUCUCUCUCUCUCUCUCUCUCUCUCUCUCUCUCUCUCUCUCUCUCUCUCUCUCUCUCUCUCUCUCUCUCUCUCUCUCCCUCUCUCCCUCUUUCUCUCUCUCCCUCUUUCUCCCUCCCUCCCUCCCUCCCCCUCUCUGUCUCUGUCUCUCUCCCUCCCUCCCUCUCUCUCUCUCUCUCUCUCUCUCUCUCUCUCUCUCUCUCUCUCUCUCUCUCUCUCUCUCUCUCUCUCUCUCUCUCUGUCGCUCUCUCUCUGUCUCCCUCCCUCCCUCUCUCUCUGUCUCUCUUUCUUUUUCUUAUGUGUUCACUACAUUUCCUUACCUAUUAAAGACUGCAUGCAGUCAAUAGGUGCUUUUUAACAGUUUCCCUGCCUUUCUACAGCUUGAAGGGAUGAAUUGCCUCCUUUGAAAUCACUGAAAAGAUCACCAAGUCUUAAGCCCAUGUAAUAAUACAUACACCUGCAUAUAUUCAUGCACAUCAUACAUAAUAUGAAAAUAGUUUCAUCAAACUGUACUUAAACCUGUGCCUGAUACUCAUACGAGUUAAUCAGCCCAACUGCUACUGAAUUUUCAUUAUUGAAUCACCAGUGUUCUGAAGCUGAACUAUGUUCCUUUCUGGAACUCACUCUUGAAUGAGGAGGGAGGCCCUAAGCCUUCCUGAUGUCUCUGGAAUUGUUGGAGGUGAGGACAGUGCCUUAGGUUGGACAGUGGACUUUUGGGUAUUUCAUUUCAUUCACUGAGCUUUUUCAUUUUGCCAGAGACAAUCAGUUUAAGAAAAAAGAUGCAGGUUUCUUUCUGCACACGCAUUAUUUGUUCAAAAAUGUUACAGUUUUGUACGUAUAGAAGUCAAAUAUACUUUGCAGAUGGGCAUUUAUCAUUUUAAUAGUUAACAGUUAUUCUCUAAGAAUAGAACCACUUUCUAACAAAGUUAUGAACAAGGGCAUCUGCAAGAUUCAAUAAAUUACUCACAUUUCCUGUAUCUUUAAUUUUUGUGUUUUAUAACCAUGACAUGUUUCCCCUUCCUCUUUCCAUGCCUCUUCCCUACCUUUUCCUGCAUAAAAUACAGUGUAAAACAGCAAUA